AUGGGUAGAGUUAGAACUAAGACCGUCAAGAGAGCUUCUAAAGUUUUGAUUGAAAAAUAUUACCCAAAGUUGACUUUGGAUUUCCAAACCAACAAGCGUUUGGCUGCUGAAGUUGCCACCAUCCCAUCCAAGCGUUUGAGAAACAAGAUCGCUGGUUACACCACCCACUUGAUGAAGAGAAUUCAAAAGGGUCCAGUUAGAGGUAUCUCCUUCAAGUUGCAAGAAGAAGAAAGAGAAAGAAAAGAUCAAUACGUUCCAGAAGUUUCCGCUUUGGACUUGUCUAGAACUAACGACCAAUUGGAUGUCGAUGCUGACACCGCUGACUUGGUUAAGUCUUUGGGUUUGAAAUUGCCAAUCUCUGUUGUCUCUGUUUCUGCUCAAAGAGGUGCUAGAAGAUAUGCCAAGAGAAACUAA